AUGCCGGUGGUAGACUUCGGAGAAUUGGAACUAGGUAUAGAUUCUGCAAUGAUUGAGUACAUGAACACGCGUGAAGAGGACACGCUUGAUUCACUGACCACUAUGCUUCAACAACAAUUCGCCAAUAACCACUAUACACCAGCUUAUAGCUUUUUACACACUGAUAUCUACGGAAGAACCGAACCGAUUUCGAUGGUCGAUUAUUUGGCGUUGAUUUGGAGUUGCAUUGUAGGACCGAAUUGGGACAUAGUGACCAAAUCCUUGGUGAAGCUUGGCUCAGUAUCCAGCAAUACCAUGCAAUUCGGAGCACUUUAUCAGGUUUUGGUCAGGGAAACCUUUGGAGAAGCAGGGUUUCUUCUGAUCUCAGAUCUUGUUCAAAAAGGAGGGCCGAUUGAACUCUUCUGUUCUAGUGGAACUUUCAAGAAGAAUAUUCGAUAUAUUAUUGCAGAGAUGCUGAAAGUACUGGUGUUAUUCCCCGAGAUUGUCAAUAUCAUUCUCCGCGAAUUCGAGAAUGAGCUGCAGCAUGCACUUAAAUCAAAAGAAUUCUCUAUUCAGAGCACAUUCUUUGGAGAGAGGUCGCUGCUUGAUGUGGCAUUUGGAUGGCCGCGAGGGGUACAGGUGCUCCCCGAUUGGGGCCUCUCCCCGGAUUGCACUCUGAACAUCCACACACUGAGUAAUCUGAAAGAUACGAGUGACGGUUCCUCAGACCUCGAUGGCUACUAUGAGUCAGCUAGGAUCAUGAUCAACGCUGGUUGGAAAUGGCACUUAGCUGGUAGAAGAGAUCUACUGAAUUGCAAGUCCACUAAGAAGCUCCGUUCUCUAUUCAUCAAUGACUUGGUCGAUCAGCGCACAGACCUUUGGAAGCAGGCCCAACAACUUUUGCCCCCGGAUGAGCUUCCACAUCUGAAGAAGGGGCCAGUACUCGAUUUCAAUGCUUCGAGGGUCUAUGAAGCUCUUGUGGCCCAGGGAUACCUGGAGGCCAGAGAGCGCAACGGGGUUCAAGAGAUUCUGGAAGAGGAGAAGCCACUGCGAGAAGUCCUGGAGCGGCUUAUUGCUCAAUUCGAGGCCAAGCAUGCGGAGCUCGGUCUGCCAAUUCUAGAAUUCCUGGAGAAGCACUGGUACACUCGCAUGGUCCACUUUCUUUUGUCGCCUGAUCCAUACGAUGAGGCGCAUUAA